AUGACCCAAGAAAUUUCCGAUCCAGAUCCAAGGGUCAAUGAAUCGGAAAUUAUCCACCCCAAGAUAAGCCGGCAGGAUAUUUCGCAGGUUUCUCAGCCUCAACAACAAAGUCCUCUUCAACCCAAAGAUCUCAAUAAAGUCAAGCCAGGAGAAAGUAGCAAGUGGCUUCCAACACUUCUAAGGGGAGACGAGUUUAAGUGGACGGAUAAAGCUAUUGAAAAUGAGUAUAAUAGUUUUGCCUCAUUAAACGAUAAGCAUGUUGGCGAUCAGGAGGAAACCAGUAUGAUCUAUCACGAUUCAGAAGUGAAUAGUUCCAACGUCGAAGCUGAUUGGAAAAAGUACGCUGAUAAUCAAUUUCAGAAACCGAUAAAACAUACUACAAGACUAAAAUCAAUGUUUGAUGUGUCCCCAAUACCUCAUGACCACUCUAAGCUGGGGAUCAAUAACGAAUCAUAUAACACAUCCAGUAGAUUUGACAGUCGUUUUGAUACCAAGCAACAAAGUAUAAAGUCUUUACCCAGAUCUCCCCUUAAGGUGUUUGGAAAUCGCCAUAAUACAUACACCAGGGUAAAAAUGGAUGGUCUACUGAAUGACCUAGUUUCUGAUGGGACUGUUCCGAAGAAUGGUCAUUUAAGCGAUUAUACAGAUAGUACGAACGGUGAUAGCGUAGAGUUUACUCCGUCCCCUACCAAAAGAAAGCACGUGUUUGGAGAAACUAACGACACCGAUUUUCAGGCUACUAUGGGCUCAGAAAACUUUGAAGAAAAUGCAGAGCGAGUUUAUGGCGGGUUAGUUGACAAAAAUGUACUGAACUUCAAGGACUUUGAAACAUCGAAUGACUACACUUCUGAUUCUUCCGCCUCAAUCAUUGAUCGUGAUUUGCCAAGCUCAGUGAGAAUACAUGACGUGGCAAGAACUGCUGCUCCUGAAUCCCAAGAUGAUCAACUUGGUAGUUCAGGGAGUACAGAGGGUACAGAGCAAGAAGAAAGUGAAGAUAAUGGCGAAGAAGAGGAAGAAGAAGACGAAGAAGAGGAAGCUGAUGCGACGCUAGACAACAAUUCUUCUAUCGAUACUAGUAUAUCAGCUCCUAGGAUAAAGGCUCCAAAUUCCAUAGCAGAAUCAAGGGGAGAAUGGAGAAAACAAUCUGAUACUCUUGUGGACAGAAUUGAUAUAAACGCAUUACACAAAAGACCCACAAAGAUACCUGGAAUGGUAAAUAUACCACCAGAGGAACUAGAAAAACUUGUUUACAAUAAAAAACUUGGUGGAUAUAUCCCAACAACAACCGAUAUCUCAGGAAAUAGUAACGACUCAUCUCAAGAUCAACAAGAGUUCAAAGCGCUGGACGAUAUUUCCGACCUCCUAAUUGACUCACGUCACAAUACUAACCAAGCAGCCACUAACAAGAUAUCCGUAUCAUUUGCCCUCCCUCCAGAAGAAGAACAAGAAAGUAAGACAAAGCAGUCGUCCUUGAAAGGAGUAUCAUCCGCAAAUUUGGAUCAGGAUGAUUUGAAUGAUGUUACAAAUAUAUCAGACGUGAGAGAUCUAUCAUUUUCCCAAUCCAAGGAGACUGUUGUUGCUCUUCUCACAGAAAUUUAUCCAGAUGGCGAUUGGACCCAGAUGAUAACUCUAGACAUUUCAAACAAAGACCUUCAACGACUUGUACAUCUAGAUGACUAUACUCCGGAAUUGCUAGAUUUGAAUGUUUCAUUCAACAAGUUAAACUAUCUAGCAGACAUUCCCAGGCAUAUACGAACAAUCAUUGCAAGUCACAACCUCCUGAAUGAUAUGGCUGUAUUUGAUCAAUGCAGAAAUCUUCAAUCGCUGGAUAUUUCACACAACAACAUCUCCACCUUGCGGCAGAUACGGCUACCCAAUAUAAAGACACUAAUAAUCAACAACAACAUGAUUACUAGCUUGAAUGGUUUAGAAGAUCUGAACACACUAACCACUCUUGAUCUUUCACAUAACCUUAUCAAGGGAAUAGUGGACUUUAGGAACAUGGAUUUUGUGCUUUUAGAGGACCUGAACUUGUCAGACAACGAUAUAAAAGCUGUCCAAGGUCUUUCGUCGUUGAAGUGUUUGAGAGUUUUCAGUAUCGGUAAUAAUAAUUUAACGAAACUUGAAGUCAAUGAAAGGAUGUCAUGUUUGAAAAAACUAGAUCUUAAAAAUAAUGUUGAACUGCUGUCUGCAAAUCUUGAAAAGUUUCCACGAUUGAGAUCUUUAUGCUUGGAUGGAAAUACCAAGUUGUCAGUUACUUUUUCCAAGAAACUUGAAAAGUUGAGUGCCAAGCUAUGCUCCAACGAAAUGCUGUUUAAUAAUGAGGUUGAAAUGAUAUAUUUGAGAUGGCUGGACUUAUCUGGAAUCACGAAUCUGGAUUUUGACAGGCUGAAAGAGCCCUUCAUCAAUGUAAACUAUUUAAACCUCUCUGCAGCAUCAAUGAAACAAAUUCCUCAGAAGUUCAUUCAAAUGUUCCCCAAUGUCAAUACUUUGAACUUUAAUUUCAACAUGAUAUCAGACAUAUCAUCAUUAGGCAAAUUGAAGUAUCUUCGAAAGUUGUUUUUGAUAAAUAACAGGAUAUCAUCGCUGAAUGAUAUAUACGAGUUGUCAUUUAAACUGAGAAACCAAAUCAAAUAUUUGGAUCUUCGAAUGAAUCCAGCUACAAAAGAGUUUUACCCACAUGUGUUCCUCUCAGAACAAGAAGACGAGUUACCAAUCGAAGAGGAAAAUAUAGAAGAUCUUCUACCGCAAACAUUAGACGGCAUAGAUGCCGUCAACACUCAGUACAAGAGUUUCUUGAGUCUAGGAGGAGACGAAGAUUGGAAUUAUAGAGAUUAUCAAUAUACCAAAAAACUCGACAAAAGCUGGGAACAGAAGAAGGCAGAGUAUCAAACAGUAAUACUAGGUGUCUGCACGAAGCUGAAGUUUUUUGAUGGAAAAAUUGUAACCAAGGAUGACAUUAAUGAAGCCAUGCAAAUGUUGAAAAAGUUAGAUAUAUAA